UGAAGAUUGCCGUGUGGGACGCUUGAAAGGCUACCUCGGUGCCAAGAUGAUUUUUUUCCAGUGUGCAUUUCAGGAUGACUUCAUGAGUCUUGAAUAGGGUUUCCAGAUUCAGGUGUUUGCCACACCCCACCCCCGGCGUCCCCGCCAUGGCGCUUAAGAUCUUCUUCCCGGUUUGCUGCUCCUCGGCCGAGAGUGGUCUUCUGGUCGGGCGGUGGAUCCCGGAGCAGAACUCUGCCGUGAUCUUGGCCACGGUCUGCUUCCCGUUCGUCCCUGGCCAGGUGAAGCAGUAUCUCGCCGAGGUGCAGCAGGCGACACAGGUCGAGGUCUCCGUGUUGGGAUCCUGGGCCAAUAGCAAGCAGGCAAAGAAGGAAAAGGGUUUGGACAGCUUCCUUGAAGACCUGGGCGCCAUUUUCUCCCACGACCCCUGGAUCCGGCUCAGCAAGGAGCACGGCAGCAAGUUCUGGAGCUGCAUCGCCACGUGGAGACAUCCCGACGGUGGCAAGGGAGGCGAAACCAUUCUGGUUUAUUACGACCAGCGCAAAGUGAUGCUCUCACAGCUGCACCUGCCGGGCAACCAGGUAGAGGCCGCUUCUUCUCUGGACCAGGCAGCGGAGAAUGCCUCUAAACUUGUGGCAGUGUUUGACACUGUCUCCCAGAGCCAGCUGCUCUUCAUGAAGGACAGGUACGACGAGGGGCCCGUCAGGCUCACCCACUGGCAGUCGGAAGGAGUCGAAGCCAGCAUAAUCGUAGAGCUCAUGAAGCAGGCCUCCGUGCCCGCCUGCCUGCUGCUCACGUUUUUGCUUUCGUUGGUCUCCCGCGUCUGUCAAAGCAGGUAUGUCACUUUGUGGCCCCAGCCGUUCGUCUGGAGCAAACUUUCGACUUGCCAACAGCUGAGGCACCGGCUGCAGCACCUCCAAGUUGUCAGCAGCACCAGGAAGGCGCCGGAUCAGGCCCAGCUAAUGAGAAAAGCCAACAUCUUUGUUUCUAUCCUGCUGGACGUGACCCUCGGGAUCCUGCUGAUGGCCUGGCUGUACCAGAAGAAUCGGAUUGGUCACCUUGCCAACGCGCUCAUCCCCAUGGCUGAUCACGUUGCCCAACAGCUCCAAGACCUCCUGCAGUGGCUGAUGGGCGUGCCAGCGGGCCUGAAAAUGAACCGAGCGCUGGACCAAGUCUUGGGGCGGUUUUUCCUCUACCACAUCCACCUGUGGAUCAGUUACAUCCACCUGAUGUCUCCUUUUAUCGAAAUGAUCCUGUGGUAUGUCAGUUUGUUGGCCUGCCUCGGCCUGACCGUCGCCAUGUCCAUCCUCUCCGACAUCAUCGCCCUCUUGACCUUCCACAUUUACUGCUUUUACGUCUACGGAGCCAGGCUCUACUGCAUGAAGAUCUAUGGCUUGAAAUCGGGGGAAGGCAUCCAUGUUUUUGAGCCCCCCUGCUCCGUUUCAGAGGAUGAAAUCCCAAAAGGAAGACAACGGACUGAGGCCAAGAGAAGGAUCGUUUGCCUGAAGACCCCUAGUGAGUUUGUGGCCAAAUUGUUUAUCGGCACCCUGUUAUUUACCAUCCUGCUGUUUCUUCUGCCUACGACGGCCUUGUACUAUCUGGUUUUCACUUUGGUAAGUUUGCUUCCGGAGGGUAAAAAGCCUGAACCCAUCUGCUGGGUGGACCUUAAUCCAACUUCGUUUCCUUUGUACUCCAUCUUGCUCCGUCUCUGCCGGUCCUAUCGACUUGCAGCUGGUGUGAAGUUCAGAGUCCUUGAGCAGGAGGCUGGGAAACCUCUCCGACUUCUCAUGCAGAUCAAUCCUCUCAGCUAUGGCAGCGUGGUGCAGACGUACCGGCUCCCGACGUACAGCUGCUACCCCAAGGACUCCUGGGGCUCUUUGUGCAAGAAGCUGUUUGUGGGCGAGCUGAUCUACCCUUGGAAGCACAAAGAAGAGAAGCAGGACUGAGCAGAGAUCGCUCCCUGCCAGGCCAGGAAGAGGGAGCCGCCUGCAGCGUCCGCUCCCAGGACAGAAGGCACCCUUGGAAACAGCGCUUGCCGAGCCAGCGUAAGAGGGAUAGGACCUAGAAGGAUUGCAGGCAGGGGUGGGGUUGUCUGGAAAAGGGGUAAGAGUGUUUCCGGCCAAGCGUUCCUUUCUUUUUCACGACGAUCGAUCUGAUUCGGGGUCUGCCUGCGUCAGCUGCACCUGAUGGCCUUUGGAGUCCUGCCAAAACUCUCCAAGACUUUGGAGUCCUGCCAAAACCCUUUUUUAUAGCCCCACACCAAUCACAAAUAGCAGAUGCUGAUGUUGCAAAAAAUCAUGCGAUGGAUUGAAGUUGGCCGUAGCUCCUGGAGUCCUCUGGGGUGCUUCGUGCUGUCCUGAGCGUUCCGGUUGCCCUUCGUCGCACUCGGAUGGCUUUGGGGACCAGUUGAGGGGUGAGAGCUUCAUGGUUCGCGCCUAUGAUUUUGUACACGUGCCGUAGGUUUUGAAUAGCAUCUCCUGUAUUCCUUUGGAAGCUGAUUCCGAUAAACACGCACCCACCCGCAAA